AUGUUUGCCUUCCUGGACGCCUGGAACAUCGGUGCCAACGAUGUUGCGAACUCCUUUGCUACAUCGGUUUCCUCCAGGUCGUUGACCUAUCUCCAAGCGAUGUGUAUUGCGUCGGUCAUGGAGUGUACUGGCAGUAUUGCAGUUGGCGCCAGGGUGGCCGAGACGAUCCGGACGAAAAUCGUGGACGUCGAUCUGUUCGAAGACAAUCCUGCUCUUUUGAUGCUGGGUAUGGCUUGUGCGGUUGUAGCGUCCUCCACGUAUCUCACGUUGGCCACAAGGCUGGGUAUGCCUGUCUCGACUACGCACAGUAUCAUGGGAGGUGUAAUUGGCAUGGGCAUAGCGGCUGUCGGGACUGACGGGAUCAAUUGGUGGGGAGGGUCUAUCAACUCCGGAGUCGUCCAAGUUUUCCUCAGCUGGGUGCUCGCUCCUUGCAUUGCUGCUGGCUUCGGAUCAAUCAUCUUCCUCAUCACCAAGUAUGGAGUAAUGCUUCGCAAGAAUCCAGUCAGGAGGGCCUUCGUGACCAUUCCGAUUUACUUUGGUGUAACAUCGGCCCUUCUCACCAUGCUCAUUGUGUGGAAAGGGGGCUCUUCAAGAAUCCACAUCGAUGGUGCCACCGCUGCUGGUGUCAUUGUUGGCGUUGGUGCUGCCGUUGCGUUGCUUGUCGCUGUCUUUUUCCUUCCGUGGCUUUACCGCCGAUUGAUAAAGGAUGAUUGGCAAUUGAAGUACUACCACCUUCUCUUGGGACCUUUGCUCUUGUACCGCAAAGAUGUCCCACCGCCACAAGCAGACCACAAACCCGUCCAAGAUUACUACCGGGGUCACCUUACUAUGGAACAGCUACUGGCUCAGCGUGCUGCGCAAAACGGCAAAAUACAUGAUGUCGAAAAGGCUAAUGUUAACGGUAUCGGCGGCGAUUCGUCCAAAGCCCUUACCGAAGGUAGCCAGCACAAUGACGACGAGAUACAUUCAGAAAGCAGUGACUUGGGCAAUCGUCCGAAGGCGCCAGUCACUGCGCCCGAGCCUGCUCCCACCAAAUCCUCCAUCAUUGGGCCACGGCCAGACGGUGGCAACUUCAGCCUUCCGGUUCUGUUCUGGCAAUUCAAGCGGGCUUUCUUCCACGGCAUUGAAAAGGAUGUCAUUAGUUUGCAAAACAGACGAAACAUCCUCACCGGUGAUAUCGAGACAGUCCAUGCCCAUGCCUCACAUUACGAUAACCGUGCCGAAUACAUGUACUCAUUUCUUCAGGCCAUGACUGCGGCAACAGCAUCGUUCACUCACGGAGCCAAUGACGUGUCCAACGCAAUCGGGCCCUACACGACAAUCUACUACAUCUGGUCUAAUAACGAGCUGAAAUCGAAGACUCCGGUCCCAUAUUGGAUCUUGGGCUUUGGUGGUGGGGCAAUCAUCAUUGGUCUUUGGACCUACGGAUACAAUAUCAUGCGCAACCUGGGCAACCGCAUUACGCUUCACUCUCCUUCAAGAGGUUUCUCCAUGGAAUUAGGCUCAGCUACGACAGUUGUCCUUGCUACCAGAUUGAAGCUUCCCGUCUCUACUACGCAGUGCAUCUCUGGUGCCACAGUUGGAGUUGGGCUUUGCUCCGGGACCUGGAGGACCAUCAACUGGCGUAUGGUGGCCUGGAUUUACUUUGGCUGGAUGAUCACCCUCCCAGUCACUGGUAUCAUUGCUGGCUGCUUGAUGGGCAUUAUCAUCAACGCCCCGAGAUGGGGCGUGCCCUUGUGAAAGGCUUCCAGGUCCAGUCACAAUGCCUAACACUCUCCUUAAGAAGGAAUCUGAGCUUGUAU